AUGUGUCCCAAACAUGCAGUGAAAUUUCGCAAAAGAAAGAGCCAGGACGAAGGAGAAACUGAUGAGAAGUCUGAGGAGCCACACGAGUCUCCAAAGAGAGUGAAACAAGAACACUUGGAAAAACAUCCUGCCCAUCAAGAACCUGGAAAUCAUCAGGCAUUGAAUCCCAUGGAAGAGGGUGCCUUGCACCCAGAAAACCAGGACAGGGUCAUAGACCCUCAAUCAGAGGAUGUCAUUGAGGUUAAAUGUGGGGGUGCUGGCAGGAGUCGCAAGCGCACUUACUCCAGCACACAGGACACAGUUGAGAAACAGCAUAAUGAAAAGUGCAGAAGGUUAUUGGGUCAUCUUCAACCCAGCGAUGCUGCCCACUGUGGUCCUCCCAACUCUCACACAAGACCUGCUGAUGACCUGAAGAUCACCAAAGGCUACAUGGAAGAACACAUUCAUGGAUGUGAAACAACUCUGUUCCAGCCAAAUCAAUCCAGACAUCUGGUCACAAGACACCAUUCACCAGUCAAAACUGAAAAGAUCUACUCCCCAGAGACACAUUUUGAAGCCCAAAAGACAGGUGGAGUGGAUUUUGACAACCAGAUCACAAUACACCACUCCCAGCCUGACAUUUUGGGAGGAGCUCAGGCCCCAAACUCGAAAAAUUGUGACACCAGUGACAUCAUCCACAAGGAUAUGUUAAAGCCAGAGGGCAAGAAGAAGCCUUUUGAGGAGCAAGAGAAGGACAUCAGCCAAGACCAUGGCCCUGAUAUAACACCUGACAUGGAGAAGGAAAUCAUGAGUGCACUCGCUCCAGGGCCACAGGAGGACAUCCUAAGCAGUGCAUUUAAACUGACCAUUACGCGAGGAGACAUGCAGACUCUACAGGAAAGCCAGUGGCUCAAUGAUGACAUCAUAAAUUUUUACAUGAACCUGAUCUCUGAAAGAAGCAAAUUACCUGGCUAUGCUGCGAUUCACACCUUUAAUACAUUCUUCUAUACGAAACUCAAGUGUGGGGGAUACAGGUCUGUGAAGAGGUGGACCCGGGCCCUGAAUAUCUUUGAAAAGGACAUUGUCCUUGUGCCAGUACACCUGGAGGUCCACUGGAGUUUGGUGGUCAUAGACCUACGAAAGAAGACCAUUGCCUACUGGGAUUCCAUGGGACUCAAAAGACCAAGUGUCCUGAGGAUGAUUUUCCAGUACCUGCAAGAAGAGAGCAAAGCGAGAAGGAAUAUAGAUCUGGACCCUUUGGAGUGGCGGCAAUACAGCAUGGAAGCAGAGGAGAUCCCUCUGCAGCUGAAUAAGAGUGAUUGUGGAGUGUUCACCUGUAAAUACGCAGACUAUAUUUCGAGAGGCCAACCCAUAACCUUCUCUCAGAAGCAUAUGCCUCUGUUUAGGAAGAAGAUGGUAUGGGAAAUCCUGCAUAAGCGCUUACUGUAGCAGCAGCUCCAACUGGCUGCUGAGGCUGCUCUGCAGUCUUUUAUAGAUGCUGCCAGGGACUUCAGGCAGGGUUGCUGAAAGAGCCUUGAAACAGGCUCUGGUCUAUAAAAAGUGGGUGAAGCCCCAACACUCAUCCAUGUACUGCUAACUGCCCCAGAUUUGCAUCUGGGGCAAUCUAUCCGAUGUGUGUGCCCAAAACAUUUUAGAAACACACAGCCCACACAACAUAACAUGCUGAUAUGUAUGUUUCUUUCAAGAUUAUGUUACUGAUGUUAAUGUUAAAUUAUUUUUAAUUGUUUAAUUUUUACAAUU